AUAUGAUUAUCUCGUAUAGUAGAUGGCGCUUUCUCAAAUUAAUCUAGUGUAUAGAACAAAUUAAUUUAUAUAUUAUAUGCAAUUGCUGACACAUUUCAUAAAAUAAUAUAUCCACCAAGGUAAUCCACGAUAAACAUAGAAAAAAUUUUUUACAAUGGAAAAACAUAUAAAACCAUUAACAGAUAACAAUGUAGAUUCUCAAUUCAUGGCUAUAAUAGCUGCAGUAAUCGUGAUUAUUAUAACUAUAGUAUUAUUUGCCAUAUGGCAUAAAAGAAGAUCUAUAGGAAAUAGUAUAUUGUUAACUGGUCUUAGUGAUGCUGGUAAAACAUUGAUAUAUGCACAUCUACUUUGUUCCAAAUUUGUUAAAACACAUACAUCUGUAAAAGAAAAUAUAGGAGACAUCAUAAUCAAUAAUCGUUCUCUGAAAAUUGUUGAUAUACCUGGACAUGAACGUCUGCGUUAUAAAUUUUUUGAUCAAUUCAAAUUAUCCGCAAAAGGACUUGUCUAUGUGAUUGAUUCAGUAACUUUCCAAAAAGAUAUUCGAGAUGUAGCAGAAUAUUUAUAUAAUUUACUUUCCGAUUCUGUUAUACAAAAAAAACCUGUACUAAUAUUAUGUAAUAAACAAGAUCAAACUAUGGCAAAAGGUUCAGUUGUUAUAAAGACUUUAUUAGAGAAAGAAAUGAAUUUAUUACGUAUGACAAAAACAAGUCAGCUAGAAGCUACAGAUGCAUCAGCCACAAAUAUUUUUCUUGGCAAGCAGGAGAAAGAUUUUGACUUUUCCCAUCUAGAUAUAAAUAUUGAAUUUGGAGAAUGUAGUGCAUAUAACAAGGAUUCUGAAACUUCUGCAGAUAUGGAGCAACUAAACAAUUGGUUAAAAAAAAUUAUAUAAAAAUGUUAAAAUGUCUUUUCAUUUUUCCAAAUAAAUUAUUUGUUUGUAACUUUUUAAA